GCAAGUCAGUUCUACUCUUCCAGGACUUGUGCACAGCACAGAUGGGCACAGAACAAAGGAAAAGUACCACUGCCUGCUUGGCUGCUGCUUUUAUUUUAACAUGCCAUUUAGUACAAAUGUCAGAAUGCCUUCGACUGACAAAAACAGAAAGACGAGCAGCGCGGAAAGGUUUUAAUGUUGAUGUCCAGGAAGGGAAGAUUCUAUUUGGAGAUGUUUUUGAGAAGCAGUCACCUCCUGUCACAGACGGAAACUGGAAAACUUCUUCAAAUGCUUCUGUGGAGGAUGAAACUUCAUAUCAAGCAGAUUUUGCAGGAUGGACCCAACCAGAAAUGGAUGAUGCCCUUAAGGAGGAAUGGAACCGGAGAGCAGCAUUCCUGCGUUGUUUUCGAGAUCACUUGAUGUUCAGAUUACUUGGACCAAGUGCUUCUCAACUGGAAGUAGAACAAGAAAAUGAAGAACUAAUGCCGCUAGCAAUGGUCCCACCAAAAUGUGGCUACAAAAUGCAUGAAAACUCGAAGGCAUUUGUAAUGAUGGUUCCAUACAAUGGCUGCAACAUGAAGCAACAGGAUGAUGAUUUUAAGUUGCUGUUGCGCUGGCGUGGAAAUCCUUUCUCACUCUUGUGUCCCAAACGUGGAAAGAAGUCUUACCACCACUGGCCCCAGGCUCCACAGAUGUCCCAGUAUCCGCAGGUGCCACAGAUCCCCCAGGAGCCCCGGUAUCCGCAGGCGCCACAGAUCCCCCAGGAGCCCCGGUAUCCGCAGGCGCCCCAGGAGCCCCGGUAUCCGCAGGCGCCACAGAUCCCCCAGGAGCCCCGGUAUCCGCAGGCGCCACAGAUCCCCCAGGAGCCCCGGUAUCCGCAGGCGCCACAGAUCCCCCGGUAUCCGCAGGCGCCACAGAUCCCCCGGUAUCCGCAGGUGCCCCGGGCUCCGCAGGCUCCACAGAUCCCUCAGGUGCCCCGGGCUCCGCAGGCUCCACAGAUCCCUCAGGUGCCCCGGGCUCCGCAGGAUGUUGAACUUCAGUACCUGUCUUCUCUUUAUUCACACCCAUUAUUUUCUUACCUCUUUACAUCAGGAGCUGAAGAAUCUAAUUUGCCACAAUAUUCAUUCUCCUCCCCUCGGCAAGCUUUUUCUGUUCUAACCCCAGUUACAUCAGAAGACCCUGGUUACCCUCCGAUGCCUCUGGAUCCAUAUUUUUGGCCAUUUGGAUCUUACAGUCAUGACCUGCCUUCCUACUUUCCUUUCCUCCCUGAAUACCAAAAUAUUCUAAUGCCAUUAUACCCUAAAAAUCCUGUAACAGAGUAUCCAAGGAAUCCCACACCAGAAAUGAAGACUACUGCAGCUCCUACAACUUCUGAAACUCCUAUGCCCUCAGCAGUUACUCAGGCCCCUACAGAUAUUCCUCAGUCUUAUUCACCUGAAAACCUGCCGUUUCUUCCCUAUGGACAGGAACUUCCACACUUUUUCUACCCUUAUCAAGGCUAGUCUGCAAUAAACGUUUAACUAAAUAACUGGCUCUGUCUUUUUGAUAU